ACAAGGUACGUCAGUGAAGUGAGUCAUAUACUAUGGCAGUUUGUGCAAUUGAAAUUGAUUUAGAACAAAAUGAAUAUGACAUCCUAUCGUCGUGGAAGCCACACACAUUUAUAUAUUACCAUAUUUAUAACAUUUACCUAAUUUAGUUCAUCGCAUCAAGUACUAAAAUCAUUCAGACGUUAUAUUUUUCCACAAUCAUAGAUCUUGAUGUUUGCGAUUAGUGCUUCCGAGUUGGCGCUCCUUCGUGUGACGUCACAACGGUAUCAGUGUCAGAAACUACAGAAAUUGGGUUAAGUGCGUUGGAGGUCUGAGUGGAAAUUCUGGAAAGAUUUGUUGUUCUAAUAAAAGAAAUUACCUUAAAAUGCGUCGAUGUCUCUGUUAUAAGAACUUGUCUUUGUGGCUCUGAGUGAAAAGGGCGUACAAAAUCACCAUGGAAGCUGAUUAUCAACAAAAGUUCAGUCCUUCACAAACGUUGACAGCUUCUCAUAAUGAUCACGAGGAACCAUAUCCCAGUUUGUCUGAUUAUCAUGAUUAUGAACCUAAUUUGGAAUUUGAUGAUACAGAACUGCAGCAGGCUACAGUUACUAGUGAUCUAGAAGAAAAAAUAGACGUGAGUGGUAUUGAUUAUUUGGAAUCACCUGUAUCAGAUGGUACAAUUGAAGAAAAUUUUGAAGAAGAAUUAGUAAAUGCUCCUGUAAUUCCUGCUGGUGUAGACAGUCUGUCAUAUCAUUUUCAAGAUAAUGAUGAAGAUGAAGAUGAUUUUCAAGAUGUGGCAAAAUAUGGUAUAGUUGAAGUUGUAGGUGAUGACACCUAUGGUCGAAAAGUGAUAGUUGUAUCUGCUUGCAAGUUACCAAGUAACAAGGAGCUGGAUCAUGCACGCUUUCUUAGGUACCUGAUGUUUACUCUAGACAAAUAUGUGGAACAAGACUACAGUUUGGUGUACUUUCAUUAUGGCCUGACAAGCAAAAACAAACCGCCUCUUUCGUGGCUGUGGCAGGCAUACCGAGCUUUUGACCGUAAAUACAAGAAGAAUGUGAAGGCUCUGUACCUAGUCCACCCAACAAAUUUUAUCAGAGUGAUAUGGCAGAUUUUUAGAGCUGCAAUUAGUGCAAAGUUUGGCCGUAAAGUGAUGUAUGUGAACUAUUUGCAUGAACUGAGACAACACCUGAAUUUAGACCAGCUCAGUAUUCCAGAGGAAGUGCUGAAACAUGAUGAAAGAUUAAUGACCAAAAAUAAGACUGCUGUCCUCCAGCAAACAGGUGUACCUCAGUCAUCACCCUAUCUGUCAUCACCCUCUCUGUCAUCGAAAUCACAGGCUCCCCUGAAGACUCAGCAGUUUGGGGUAUCUUUACAAUUUAUAAAGGAUCACAAUUGUGGAGAAGUGAUUCCUCCGGUGGUGCGACAGUGUGUGGAAUUUCUUAGUCAGCCUGAUGCCUUGGAAACAGAAGGAUUAUUUCGGAGGUCAACCAGCGUCAUUCUUGUCAAUGAAACGCGAUCUAGAUUCAACCAAGGUCUCCCUGUUGAUUUUAAUGGAGAUGUGCAUUUGGCAGCAGUAAUUCUUAAAAAUUUUCUUCGUGAUCUUGAAGAACCUUUGAUGACUUUUGAAUUGUAUGACGAAAUUACACAAUUUCAGAGUAUAGCUAAAGAAGAGAGACCUCGUCAAGUUAAAAUAUUAAUAUUAGAAAAGCUUCCUGAAGACAAUUACCAAAUUUUAAAAUAUAUUGUUCAAUUUUUGUCAAGGGUUAUGGACCGGAGUGAUUUGAACAAGAUGACAUCGUCCAAUUUAGCAGUUGUGUUUGGUCCAAAUUUGGUUUGGUCACAAAGUGGACAACUGUCUUUGGCAGCUAUUGGCCCUAUCAAUAUGUUCACUGAUUUUGUUCUUACAAAUCAGGACCAGAUAUUCAUCAUAUAGAUCAGUGGUGUAAGCAGUAUUAAGCUUACAUUUGUGCUGGAUCUCAGCAGAAUUUCUUUCAGCACCAUGUGCUGCUGUAGCUGUCAACCAAGCAAGAUAAGCACAAAAAUAAAUUCAAGCAGUUCUAGAAUUUUAUGAGGAGAGAAAUUUGCACAACUUUUAUACAUGUUUUAGAAAAAAAUCAAACUAGACUUCAUUAUUUAGAUAUUUCAGUUUCGAUUCAUGAGUUACGUUUUUGUUUUCAAUGAAAAUGUCAACCAAAUCAAUUUAAAACACUUUAUUUUAUUGUAUGUUUAUUUUGUAUUACUUUUAAACAUUGGAAAUUUUUCUUACUUUUCUGAUACACAAGAUACUUAAAAAGUUACUUGUUUAGUAAACAUAUUGAAAUUAAUUUUCAUGCUACAUGUGGACUAGAAGAAAUUAACACAAAAGAUUCCAAAUGCAUUUAAUUUUUGGGGAGUAGCCCUUAUUAAAUUAUUUAAUAGUUAUUGUGCAUUUGUGUCCAGAACAUGGCAUUAUUCUUCAUGCAUAUGUUAUAUGGAAUUUAUUUUUUAUUCCAAAUUCCUUACAUUAGUGUACCAUGUGAGGCAAUCCACUGAAAGCACAUCAUUCAUUCAGGUAUGUAAGAAUGAUAUGCUAGAGUUUAUUCAGAACUGUGUGGUACUUAAGUGAGGAAUUUCAGAGACUACCUUGGAGAGGUAUGUUGGUAAUCUGUUUUUUCUGAGAGCAAUUGGAUUGUUGAAUUUGUCUGUGUGAGUGUUAGAAUAAAAUAUAUGCCAAAGAACAAAGAAUAUAAAUGCUACUUUGUGAAGUGAACCACAAAUGCACCAACUGAAGAUUUUUUCAAGUUACAGUUUAGUUUUAAUUAACUAAAUACUGUAGGUAAAAGGAACUUUAAUAAUGUUAUAUGCUACUCCUACACUGUAAAUAAUAUUCUAGAUAAUAAUAUUUAACAAGUAAUGAAAUGAAUAUUUUUUUCUUUUUAUUUGAAGAAUGACAUAUCGUAUAACGUCUUGAUGUGUUCCUCACCAUUUGUUGACAAGUAAUUUUAUUUAAUACUUUUGCUAUGUAAUUAGUUUGUACUGUCGUAAAUUUCUUUUCGUCUCUUCUGGUAGGGCAAAGGUGUGCUGGUCUCAAGGGUUCUAGUCAGUUCUGCUCUAAAACUCACUUGAACAAGUGUAAUUGAUAGUAAAUUUGAUUUUGCAUGACACUCCUGGUCCCAUUAUAACUUCACAAUUGCAGAUACUGUAUUAUUAGUUAAAGUGAUUAAUUCACUUGCAUAAAAUGCAUCAAAACAAUUGCAGAAUUGGGAAAAAACAAUUGUAAUUAGUAGAUAUACACCUUGCAUAUUUCCAGCUGAUAGCUGAAACUGUGUGUAAUUCAUUUUCUAGUCACACCAAUGAUUCACUAAAUUUGAUGCCUGUAAUGUAUCCUACCUUGCAGUAAUAUCCAAGAGAUCAGCCAGUCAUUUCAAUUUUUUGUCAAUUGUGUUGAUCUUGCAAAGUUCUUUACUACAUUCCAGUCAAUAUCAUGUGCAUAUGAUGAAUUGAACAGAAUUGGAAGGCAUUGAAAACUUUUGCACAUCUUUUAUUGCCACUUCAAAUAUUUGUUACUUAAUUUUUAUCAUGACAUUACUAGUAUCCAAGAAAUAGCUACCUUGCUAAUCAUCCAAUCUUGCAAGGAAGUGCAUCAAUGAAAUCCAUUUUGAAACAGAACAAUGAAAAGUUGUGCCAAAAUAAAAUAUUAAGCAUUUGUUACUAUUAUUAAUUUUACUAACAAUUUACAGUGUACAAAAGUAUUUAAGUGGCAUUGAAAAGUAUGCAAUUCAACUUUAUUUUAAAGAAACCUUAUUCAAGGAUGUAUCGUUGUUUUGCCUUUCAUCACCAGUAGGUUCCAAAAAAUGAAUAUUAUUGGAGAGAACCAUUACAUUGAUGGAGGGCAAUAGAAGAAACAAAAUAUGUUUUGUGACUCAUACCUUUUUUCUCUUUAAUUUGUUUCAGUAAAAAACAUUUGCAGAGUUUCAGAUUCUCUUGACUGUAAUGUUUGCCACACUUAAUAUUUCAUUCAUAUGAAUUACCUUGUGUUAUGUAGGAAAUCAGUGGUCAGAAAUUUCCCAGUGAAAAAUCCUGUAUCACUCGGUAGUUAUUAGUUAGCAUUCUCUGUGUAUACAUAAAAUUUGUGUUGAUUUGUUGUACUGGAUCUGUAUUUUAAACUUUCUUUUCCAUUCCAUGAGAGUUAAUGGAGUAAUGCAUAAUUUGAUUUUCAGUUGUCAGUUGAUGUGCAAUUCGAGAAUCACAUUAUGUGAUAACUCAUGUACUGUGUACAUUCUUUCUAUAUUAGUGUGAUGUAUAUGUGUGUGCAAGGUAAAUUUAUAUAAAUGUAUACACACACAUAUAUACUCUUAAACAUAUUUGUGUUAUUUUGUUUUCUGUUUAAAUUCUGUAAAAAUAUCAAAUGGUUUAAUAUCGUUCCUGGCAUUUCUUUUGAGUCAUGGUAUACCAAACACCCCAUCUGAGACUGAAUAGACAACUGUUUCAACUUACUACUAAAAAUCCUUUAAAACAUAGUAAUAUCUUAACUUUCUCUAAAGUGAUUCAGAUAGAAAUUAAACUCUUUUAGUAUCUUUAUAUAAAAAAACUAGCAUUUGGGAAAAUCAUUGUUUCUGGUGAGUAAUCAAUUUGCACGGGUGUGCAAAUUGAUGAUCUAAUAUGUUGUGGAAGUCCUAAGAAUAAUCAAUAAGAAUUGACAUUGAAUCAACUGACUAAACAAAUCAGACACUUUCAAGGUAUCAUUGCCUACUGAAAUAUUUUUUUCUGGCAUCUAUUAUUCAAAUGAUGAGAGGCAGUUAAAAUACUGCAGUUGAAGGUACAUGUGCAUGAUUUUAUCUUUUUCUUUUAUGUGUGUAUAAUUGUAGUAUAGGGAAACUUAAGUAAUGCAGUGGAAAAUAGAUUUCAAGAUUUUAAUGGAAAUACACCUUUUGGAGUUCCCUGACACUGAAAAAUUGGCAUUCAUCAAAACAUCUGUCUGUAUAUUCAUCCAUCUGUGACAACACUAGUGCCUAAACUAUUCCUAGAAUUUUUUUCCAAAAUGAAUAUUACCCAAUUGAUCUGGUCCAACUCAAAGCCCUGUGAUUUUGGAAAGAUUUCUGUAAGUUUUGAAGAAGAAGCUUCACACAAAAAGCACAUGAAAAAUUUUCUUAAAAAGGCUCCAAAUUUU